AUGAUGGCUUCUUCCUCAAGAAAAUAUCCGAACGGGCUAACGAUUGCUAUCAUUGUGAUCAUCUUUUCUCUCACGCUCUUUUCUUCCGUUUCAGAAGCUAAUUCAAUGGCAGUAAGAGAUGGAGAUCAUCAGCGGUUAGAAAAGCAGAUGAAGAUGGUCAUGGGUUCAAAGCCUCCUGCGUGUGUUAACAGGUGCGUGGGUUGCAUACCUUGCACGCCCACUCAGGUUGUUUCUCCACCUGAUAAGAAUAAUAAUCUCAAGGCAACAAAUACAAAUCAGGGAGAUGAGGGCUAUUAUCUCCUCUCAUGGAAAUGCAAAUGUAGGAACAAGUUGUUCGAACCUUGA